AUCACCAACAUCACUGCUGACCCGCGAAACCGCCGAGAGAACUCCGUCAUUAAGCGCUUGGAUUUCCUGAAAUAAAGUGGAAAACUGUACGAUCCUCGGCAGUGUUCUGAGACUGUACAGUCCACUUUUGCCUUUGUUUGCCUUGUUUCCUUUGGAAUGGACUGUAUUGCAUAUUCAAGAUAAAUUGUGCGUCUUUUUUUCCUGCGCGAAAAUCUGUUUGCGGUGUUUUGGAGCACAUUCUCUUUGCAUAGUUUGGGUGUUGAACUUCGUAAAUUACUACAGGAUGGUGAAAUUAAGAGAGAUGACAGAAGAAAAGGAGAAGAAAAGGUGCAGCUCAGAGCGGCGUAAGGAGAAGUCUCGCGAUGCUGCACGCUUCAGGCGCAGUAAGGAGACAGAGGUGUUUUAUGAGCUUGCACACCAGCUGCCCCUCCAACACAGCAUCAUCUCACACCUAGACAAAGCCUCCAUCAUGAGACUAGCCAUCAGCUUCCUGCGCACACGCAAACUCCUCGGCUCAGGCUGUGUCAACACCACAGAGACAGGGGUAGACAGACUGAUGGACACUUGGUAUGUAAAGUCCCUGGGUGGAUUCGUUACCGUGGUAACAUCAGAUGGAGACAUGAUCUUCUUAUCGGAAAACAUCAACAAAUUCAUGGGCCUCACACAGGUGGAAUUAACGGGUCACAGCAUUUUUGACUUCACCCACCCAUGUGACCACGAGGAGAUCCGUGAGAACCUCAGCUUCAAAACCGGCAUGGGGAAGAAAGUCAAGGAUCUAAAAACAGAAAGAGAUUUCUUUAUGCGAAUGAAAUGCACAGUCACGAAUCGUGGACGCACCGUCAACCUCAAGUCAGCCAGCUGGAAGGUCCUGCACUGCACAGGGCACUUAAAGGUUUAUAAAGACUGCCCUGCGAAUGUUCUGUGUGGUUUUAAAGAGCCGCCACUCACCUGUGUGGUCAUGAUGUGUGAGCCCAUUCUCCAUCCGUCAAACAUCGACACACCUCUCGACAGCAAGACUUUCCUGAGUCGCCACAGCAUGGACAUGAAGUUUACUUACUGCGAUGACAGAGUUACUGAGUUGAUGGGUUACAAUCCUGAAGAUCUUCUCGGUCGAUCUGCAUACGAGUUCUACCAUGCUCUGGACUCUGACAGUGUCACCAAAAGCCACCAGAACCUGUGCACUAAAGGCCAGGCAGUGAGCGGUCAGUACAGGAUGUUGGCUAAGCAUGGGGGCUAUGUGUGGGUGGAGACCCAAGGUACCGUCAUCUACAAUAGUCGCAACUCCCAGCCACAGUGCAUUGUGUGUGUGAACUACGUGCUGAGUGACAUUGAAGAGAAUUCCAUCAUCUUCUCUUUGGACCAGACUGAGUCUCUGUUAAAGCCUCAACAUUUGAGCAGUUUCUUCAGUCCAAGCAAAGGCCUGGAUAAUGAAGAGCUCUACAAUAAACUCAAAGACGAACCUGAAGAUCUCACCCAGCUGGCACCUACAGCUGGUGACACCUUUAUCUCGCUCAGCUUUGGUCAGCCCCAGUAUGAAGAGCACCCAAGAUACAACGAAGUGUCCUCAAAUGCUCCUUCUGUCUCGCACUCUAUUCAUGAUGGCCACAAGCCAAACUAUGCAGCAGACAUGCCCAAAAUGGCCAGCACUUUCUCUGUACCUCAAGGUUCACCUCUCAGUAGUGCUACUCCCAGCCUUAGCAGUUGCUCUGUGCCUAGCAGCCCAGAAGAUUACUACAACACAGUGGAUAGUGACCUGAAGGUGGAGCUUACCGAGAAGCUAUUAUCUUUAGACACGCAAGAGACAAAGACUUCUUACAACCAAGAGACUGACCUAAGUGAUCUGGACUUGGAGACUCUGGCUCCCUACAUCCCCAUGGAUGGUGAGGAUUUCCAGCUCAAUCCCAUCUGCCAAGAGGAGCCUUCAUCUGGGGCCAUUGGAGGUCUUGGAACAAGCCAGCAGAGCUUCGGCAACAUUACCAGCCUCUUCCAACCCUUGGGGUCUCCUUCAGCAGCUCUUUACCAGCCCAACAUGAGUUCAGGAGAGGAAAAGCAGACCAUUAAUCUAGGCUCUGUGGAGUCAUGGCCAAACGUACCCUACAGUAAUGGGCCUGUGCAGAUUCCUCCUUACCAUGACCCAGAAAGCACCCCACUUUCUUCUAUGGGAGGGCUUCAGAAUCUGCAAUGGCCACCAGACCCUCUAUUACACAGCAAGGCUGGAAUGAUGGAUCCUUUAGCUUCAAAACGUUCUUGCCAAAGCGUACCAGCAUGUCAAAUACUACAUUAUCUGCAAAGACCCAUGGAGAACUUUGCACAGAGCUACAGAGAGAUGAGACCAGUUCAACAUUCAGCUCUCUCUAACAGUUUCAAACGCUCAUUCACACAGAUGGCCAUGGCUGAGACACCUCCCACUGAGUCACAACAGACUAUGUGGAAGAGAAUUAGGCAUGAAAGCUGUGCUGUCAUGGACAGGAAAUCUCUAAGCACCAGCGCUUUAUCAGACAAAGGCAUGUUCCACAAUGGAGGCAUGGACCACCAGCACAGAAAAACCCAGUGUCCAGGUAAUCAGACCGGACAAGCUACAAAACGCUACAGACAACUGUGUUGUAACCACAGAGAGUUCAACAUGCAGCCCUCCUCCAAAAUGGAUGGAAUUGUGAGUCGUCUUAUCGGGCCCUCCUUCGAGACCUACUCUCUGCCUGAACUGACGCGUUAUGACUGCGAGGUCAACGUCCCCAUGCAAGGAAAUCUGCAUUUGCUGCAGGGCAGUGACCUCCUAAAGGCAUUAGACCAGUCCUCUUAAACCAGUGUAUUCACAACCAGCCCACAGAAAUGCAGUCCUUCUUAACCCAACCCUUUGUCCAGUCUCUCCAUCACCAACCUGACAAUAGCCAUCCCAGCUUAGGACACCUUGACUUACAAACAGACAAAUACAGUGGCCCCAAACAGUAUUUGGACAUUUAUGCCACAUUUAAAAACUGUACAGUAUCGUAUGAAUGUCAAUGCAUUAGAUAACACAAGAUUGAACCAAUUAAUAUCUGCUAACAUUUCUUUUCAGCUUUUCUCAAUAUGAAUUUCACAUUUCUCAGGCAUGUUUGCGAUGACUUUUAAAAGGUCUUAAGGUGAUUUUAGUGGACAUACGAUGUCAGUUGUCUUCAACUUUACACAGGUGUCCUAGCAGAGUAACCACAUGUGUAAUGCAUCACAUUAACUAUGGACAAAAGUGUCCAGAUACUUUUUGUUUUGAUUUUUGAUAGUAUAUCUAAUGCUUUUAACAGUAUAUAUAUUGUUGUAUACUGUAGAUUAAAACCUCUUCUUUUAAACUUCUUUUGUGAAAUGUAGCUUGAAAUGUGUGCUAUCAUCCUUUCAAAUAAAUGCCACUUGUUUUGAUAUUUUGUUAUGUAAUGCAAAGACAUUCAUGCAUUCUUUAGUGUGGCUUAAGUGUCGAAAUACUUUUUGGGGCCUCUGUACAUUGUGCAGACACACUCUCUCACAGUCACCUGACUGCGUACAAGAAAAUGUAGCUUUGAUUCUAUUUUUGUUGUCUACAUCUUCAUAAAUUAUAUACAUGUAAUAUUUUUUUUAGUUACAAUUUUCUGAAUGAGUUUAAGUUUUUCCGGAGGAGUUGCGUUGUUGUUUUUUGCUGGCAGUCUAAUUGCUUGUCAGAUCAUUUUGGUGAACGUUUUUUUAGUAUAUCUGCUCUUGUCUUUCCAUCUAUCUAUUAAUGUCAGACAAAAAAAGAACGGAAAAAAUUACUACUGUAAGCUAGGCUACUUGUUUAAGUGUUCUAAUUUCUAUAAUUUGUUCUAACUUUCCUACCUCUGACACAAUAAGUCUCUUUCCUCACUGACCACUUUUUCUUGUUAUUCAUGGCCUCUGUGCCUUAUUUUUGUUCAUUUAGUGGCAUUGCUGCCUUUCUGUCUCUGUUUAUUGCCUUAUUGCGGAGACCACUCGAAAUAUAUAUGUUUUUGUCAAUUUAGCUGUAAACAUACAUAUUUAAAGGAAUAUUCUCUUAAGAUUUGUACUCAUACAUUUUUACUUUGAUGAUAAAGUUGUAGCGCUUAUUUGUCUUGGUACUUUGUCUUGUCUACUCAGUAGAUGUGAAUCAAAGUCCGUAUAGUUGUAUAGUGCUGAUGUCCCAUGUUCUUUCUUGGUGGUAUUUUUCCAAAAAUAUGCAAAUUAAUAUAAUGUUUAUUGGCAGGCCAGUAAAUUUGGAUUCAAAAAUUAAAAUUGGAAAAAUUGUUAGUUUUUGUUUUUUAAGGAAAUCUGGUUCAGUUGUUAUGUAGCUUAUUGGAUCCUUUAAAUUAACUACAUUUUAAGAGAUUUCUUGCAAUUGCUAACUUACUGUCCUAACCAGAUGCAAUGCAAAAAGUUUCCAGUAACAAGCAAUUUGUCUGUCCACACUUAACGUGAAACUGCUGUGUAACGUGGCACAGUUACAGCCAAUCCAACCUGGACUCGUGACAAUUCAUAAUAAUAGUACGAGAUGGUGAAAUUGUAAGGAACCGUAUGAGUUGGCUCAUCCAAAAACGUACAACUUUUAAUCCCAUUGAGAAAAUUAACAAAACAACGAACAAUGUUAUUACGUUUUAGUUUAACCCCUAACCCAAACCUUUACCUAAUCAUAAAGUGUAACCCCUUACAAGAAUGAACGAGAUGAGGGAAGCAUAUUACAGGUUAAUGACAUACAUCAGUCAUUUGUAUUGCAUAUACUGAAAAUAUGGAAUGAGUUACCAAAUUUGUUCACUGAUGUUUCCUUUGUUGAAAUAAAGUGUUGGAUAGGAGGCUAGCUAAAAUUUGAUAUCUUUAUGGAAUUAAUUUUAAAUUCUGUUUAUUGAUCGGUUGGUGUCUAUAUGGGAAUAUACGAGGCAAGUUGUAAGAUAUCAUACGAUUUCACCAUAUCGUACAAAUUAUUAUGAAUUAUCAUGAGACUAUGUUGGCCAAUCAGAACAUAUUUCAGAUUUGAUGUAUAAUUUUGGACCAAUGCGAGUUCUCAAUGGGCGGGGCUACCGGGUACCCACAGAAAUCAAAGACAAACAAAAUGUAAUUGAUUAACAUGGAAGAGAUACCUUUUAUCGCUUGUCACUUUUAUGAGUCGCGUCUGGCUAAGACACAGUGUUAUAUUAAAACAUUCAGCCACCUAUUUUAAUUGCCCUAAGGUUGUCUUUAAAGUUAAAUAAUUCGUUUUUAUAAUCCAAAUGAUUUCUUAAUACUUCGUUAGGUAAUUCCCCCAAAAUGCCCCACAAAUUCUCAUUCUGUAAUGUUAGAAAAUUAAAUGAAAUAUUAUUUGAUUUGUAAGUAUUUAUAUGUCAAGGUAGUGUUUUAGUAGAAUAUUUAGUGCCUUUGAUCUACUACUGAUUUACAUUUAAACUCAUUGUAUUAUAGUAUUUAUUUUACUGUAAUGCAUUAAAAAUAUAGAAUUAAUUGAAUUAAUGAUAAUAAUGACAACCACAAUUGUGAAUAGCAGUUAUUACCAAAAACUCUAUAGAAAAACGCCCUGUUGCUUAAGUGCUUAAUUGUCAAAAAAAUAAUGUCAUAUUGCAGCUAUUGUGGUUGAAAAAUAGGUUACAUUCUCUUUAUAGUCUAUACAUAUAUACAGUAUAUAUAUAUUAUUUUAUUGUUGUUUUUAUUGCUUUUGUGGUGAGAUAUGACCUGAGCAUGUUAUUGUAAUAUUCACUCUUUGCAUUUGCUCAUAAAUGUUUAUCAGGUGUCAUAUUUAUUCAGUAUUUGAUUACAAUUGCUUUGCAAAAAAGAUGAUUGCUGUUCAUGUCACAGCAUGUUAAUGAGGCUUAUAAGUGUGUAAUUAACUCCUUAUUAUCCAGCUGUCACAGAGAGAUUUGAAACUAGAUCUCACAAACAUAUUUAGAUAUGAAUGUAGAAUACUCAUGUACAGUGAUGUCCAAAAGUCUGCAGAAUAUUUUAGGAUUUAAAAAAAAAAAAAAAAAAUUAGAUUCUAGACUACUAAUAAAAUGUAGGCAAAAUUGAUGAUUUUUUUGUACAAAAGGUCAGAUUCCUUUGCUAUAAAUAAGCAAACAAGAUUUUGAAAUCGUGCUGGAUAACAUGAAUCAUCGGUCCAUACCAACUUAUGGAGUCCAUGCCAGCUUGAGUGUAUGCUGUCAUUAAAGCAAAAGAGGCAUACCAAAUACUUUGAAAUUCUGAAAAUCAUGUAUUUUUUUUACUUUUCAUGCAAAUUGCUUUGCUGAAGAAAAAAAAAAAGUUUAUGAAAAAAUAGAACCCUUUUCACUGGUGUUAAAAGACAGUCAUUCCAGACUGACACACCUAUCUGGCACUGUGAUAGACAGUUACAGUAAACAUAAUAUGAGAGUUUGAGACAGGUGAUAACAGGUGUCCAAACUGUGAGGGACAGACAGAGAGAUAACAGUUGCUCAGUCUGUCCACUGAGCAACUGUUAUAUAUAUAUAUAUAUAUAUAUAUAUAUAUAUAUAUAUAUAUAUAUAUAUUAGCACUAUAUAUUAGCACUGUCAAGGUAAAGUGCAUGGAAUUCUGCAUAUUUUCCAAAUUAGCCUGAUUUAAUUGAUAUAAACCAAGCACAAGUAUUACAAAAAACCAUGGAUACAAAGAUAAGUCAAUACAGUGUAUUACAGCAUCUCCAAGCUUAUAGUUUAAUAAUAGCAUUUCAAAAGGGCAAUCAUUUAAUGUACUGUAUAAACUGUGACAGAGGUGCCUUAACGCAGUCACUAAGCGAGGUGCAGCAUUUAGCCAUGUAGCAUACAAAACAGCCAACCCACAAAGCAAUGCUUCAUAUCUGCCUCUUGAAUUUUCUGAAAUGAACACCAAAGUCAGAAACACACAUAGGAAUGAGUUAACUCUUGUCAUACAGUAGCUUUCUCUAAUAUUGCAUCCAUGAUGUUGAUGUUACAGUGAUAGAUGAGCAUUUGAAUGUGCAGAGAGCCAUGGUAAGUCUGUCCACAACUACUACAAAAGUAACCCGGACUGAUACGAGUCACUACACCACCACGAGGACUUGGAGCGCAUUGGCAAUUAGGCAUUCUAAAUUGGGGAGAAAAUAUAUAUAUAUUUUAUUUUUUUUUAUUAUACUGUCCUAACAUUUGACUGAUUUAUGUUUCUUUAACUUUAAAGACAACAUUAGGGUGCUGAUGCAUAAAACAGGUGGUUUCUUUGGCUAGUGUGUGCUCUUAUUAAAAUGUUGGAUGUUUUAGUCACAGUAAGCAAAGUACGUACAUAUUUUAAUAUGCUACAUUUAUAUUGACUUUAUUAUGAUACUGUUCUUAUGAUUAUUGUUAACAUAACUGUAUGGGAAAUUUUACCCAAUAAGAAGUUGUAUCUCUGCACUGAUAUCUUAUUAAAGCAUAUCAAUCUUC